AUGAAACAAGAGUUAAGGACUAAACCGAGCAAACAUGAUGUUAUGGUGGGAUCUCCAAACUAUGUUCACAAAAUUCAUGGAGCAUCAAAACUCGAAGGAAAGAAUGAAGCAGAUGGAUGUCCAAUGCCUGGAAAAACAAAUGAACUUUGGUCAGUAGCUAAAUUAUCAUUGGAAUGUAAUAACAAUCAUUCGAAAGACGAUUCAAGAACUUCAUUUUAUCAGCAACUCAAUCAGAUUCAUCAGAGAAAUUUUCAUCAUCUCGAUAUGACAAAUUCAUCAGCACAUUUAUAA